CUUACCUAUCGCGAGAUUUUGGUAACGUCAUUUUUAGCGCGUAGUUUGUUGGCGGAGAAGCGUAAGUCGACAAGUGAACUACUCUUCUGUAUACUUUCAGUCGGGUUUUGCCUGUCAAGUGUUUACUAACCAUCGUUUCUCCCACUGAACAUCAUCUCGGAACUUUACAGAGUUUAUAAUAUAGGUGUACUUUUGAGACAGCCGUAGUCGACGUCAAACAAACACGAUGGAUUCUUCCGUCCUCUGCACCGAAACCCUCCGGGUAGACGGAUGUAUCAAAUCUGCAAACAAGAAAAGAAAACUCUCAAGGGAUGUAGAGUCGGACAUUGAAUCUCUCUACAAAGCUCUUCCUCGACUUGCCAAGACUUUUCGCAUCAUAGACAAAAUUGGCGAAGGUACCUUCAGCUCAGUCUACCUCGGUGAGGCUCGGAUGCGGGACGGCAGCAGAGACCUGUUUGCCCUUAAGCACCUCAUCCCAACCAGCCACCCGACUCGCAUUGCUGCUGAGCUCCAGUGUCUGACUGUUGUCGGGGGCAGGGAGAAUGUGAUGGGUGUGGAGUACUGCUUCAGGAAGGAGGAUCAUGUAGUGAUUGUCAUGCCUUACAUGGAGCAUCAAGCAAUAGUAGACAUCAUCAGUUCAUUAAGCUUUGAAGAGGUCCGUCUGUACAUCUACCACCUGCUGAAAGCCCUGAGGCACAUUCACCAGUUUGGUAUCAUUCACCGAGACAUCAAACCAAACAACUUCCUGUACAACAGGAAGGCUAAGACGUUUGCGCUGGUGGACUUUGGCCUAGCUCAGGGAACAGCCGACACUCAGCUCGAACUGCUUAAGGUGGUGAGACAGAAGCCGUCGCAGCCAAAAGCUGGAAGUUCCACAGAGAGACAAGAUAAAGCCCCACCUAAACCUCCUUCUACCACCACAGCCUCACACCAAUCCACAGCUCACUCACCUCCCUCCUCCUCUUCCUCCCCCACCACCUCCUCAGCCGUUCGGAAAGCACUGAUUAAAAAAACACGUUCCAUCACUACCACAGCGGGCGCCUCCACUUCUCGCAGCGCAAGGCACACAAAGGAUUUAAUGGGAAUACGUAAAGCACCGAGGCCUGUGUUUAGCGAGAGGAACCUGAACAGCUGCACUUUAGCUCCAUCUAUCACCAAGCAAGCAAAUACAUCAGAACUUGUGAAACGUGUGAAACCAGGGGACCUCUCAAAUCGAAGGUCGACUUCAGCUAGAGGGGGCCCAGCUACUGUCAGACCUCAGAAACCUCAGCGAACCGUCCACCAGCCUCUCACCUGUACUUGCUUUCAUACAGACCGAGUCUGCAAUGUCUGCCUGGCCAGGAAGCAGCAGGUGGCUCCCAGGGCUGGAACUCCAGGCUUCCGAGCACCAGAGGUUCUCACCAAGUGUCCACACCAAGGGACAGCCAUCGACAUGUGGUCAGCGGGAGUCGUCCUGCUCUCGCUGCUGAGUGGACGCUACCCUUUCUUCAAAGCCAGUGAUGACUUGAUCGCUCUCGCUCAGAUUAUGACAAUACGAGGCUCCAGAGAGACCGUACGCGCUGCUAAAUCAUUUGGCAAGGCGGUACUGUGCAGUCGGCAGCUUCCUCGCCUGGACCUCAGGGAGCUCUGUGAAACGCUGAGGGGACGGAGACCAUCACCAGAUGAUGAAGUCACACCAGUCAGACAGUCACUUGAUGCUAAAGCUCGAGAGGAAACACCACGGCACGCUCAGGAACGAGGCAAGGAUGGAGUGAGUGAGACUGUUUCUCCCCUCCCAAAACGCCAGGAUCAAACACCAGGGAAAAAAGCCUCUUCAGGGGUGGACUCUACAGGGCUUGGUGAUGAACGGGGAUGGGACGGGGUCCCUGACGAAGCCUAUGACCUGCUGGACCAGCUGUUAGAUCUAAACCCCACUAGCAGAAUUACAGCGGCCCAGGCCUUGCAGCACCCGCUGUUCAAAGACUUGUAAAAGUCACAGUUCUGCUUUUAAACCAUAAGUUACUUCUUUGAAUGGCAGCUAUGAGGACCGUUUGAUUGGCUAUAUUGGUGUCCACCUGUUCAUCUCUGCUACGAUUACUAUUGUAUGAGACUCUCAAUAAGCAAGUGUUAUUCAAACCAUUGUGUGAUCUUUUCUAUGAAUAAACCACUAACCAGUGUGUCUCAGACACCCUAAUAAAAAGUCAAAUGAUGUCAAAUGUCAAA